ACAUCUUUUCCACCUGUUACAGAUGCUGGCACGUGUUGUGUGUUAUUCUUUUUAAUUCAGCUGACCAAAAAACACUUAACUAAAUUAUGCAAAUACCAAAUAUAACUUAUAUUUUCUAUUUACCAGCUUAACUGAGAAACAGGGCAGACAUUUUUCAAACAGAAGCGCUACAUUCCUGAUCUUGCAUGGUAAACCUCUGAGAGGGACAGCAAGUCAAGCUGUGACUGGUGCUGAGCCUCCUUAGGAUUGUAGUGCGAGCAGUGAGGGGAGGAGAGGGAGGGAGUCACAUGGGAAGUAGUCAGGCUGCUGUCACAUGGCUUGUGUUUGCAGGGGUUGUGCACAGAAGUUUGUGUAAGAGGAACAACUGCGGCAUUUUUUUCAUGUGGGCCUUCAACAAGUUGAAACACUGAAUUGGAUCAAGGAGGAGCUGCUCUCAUCAAACAACCUAUUAUGGAAAUCCCUGCCAUAAACUUAAAGGCCAUAGUAUUGGUACAUUGGCUGCUUACUGUAUGGGGUUGCAUGGCAUGGCUGCCUGUGUCCUUUGGAUGGGGGAACUUCAGUGUUUUAGCAGUUGGAGUGUGGGCGAUUGCACAGAGGGACUCGAUAGAUGCUGUUCUCAUGUUUCUUGUGGGGAUGGUUUUGACAAUUUUGACUGACAUCAUCCAUUUCGGGAUCUAUUACCCACUGAGUGACUUUGCAGCAGAAAGGGGACGUGAUGUGUUUCGAUUCAGUGCAGGAAUGGCCAUCCUCAACCUGCUGCUCAAACCUGUGUCCUGCUUUUUUGUCUACCAAAUGUACCGAGAACGAGGAGGAGAGUACAACGUCAACUUUGGUUUUCCGUCUGUUUCACGAAACAGAGAUGCCUACCAGUCCAUCGACCAGCAGGAUGAGUCUUCCAGCCCAGCAAAUCCCUUCAGUCAAGCCCAAGACAGCAAACCAGGAGUCCGUACAUACUGAGAGAAGAAGGGGUUAAACAGUUCCUCUGACUUUAUGCUGCAGACAAAUGUUACACUCUCAUUUUACAUUUACUUCAUUACUGUGCUGGAUUUUUCUCUGCUAAACAAUUUGUUUAUGUUUUAGAGAGAUGGGGCCAAAUUGAAGCCCUUUUUAAAUUUUUUUUUUUUUGUGUGUGUGUUCAGAGAUGAUGUUUUGUGACACUGCUGCGUAUAACCAGAGGAAAAUCUUUCAGCCCACUCUCAUGCUGUGUGGAUUUUGUAACCACCUGCUAUGUUUAGUUGAAAGGUGUUGAAUGGAGCCAUUAUGUUGGGUAAUUUUUUCUUAAAUGUGGCACUUACAUAUAAUAAGAGUUGACUUUUCCCUUUUUUCUAAAUUAUGGUCUCUUUCUACAAUAUUUUAUACAUACAUAGUAUUUUCACAUUUUCUUUGUGUUACAGCACAACAGUUUAGAAAACAUUUGAUUGACUGGAACACAAGAAAACUGAAAUGACUGUUAAUGCUGAGCCUCAGAAGUUACUUUUUCUUUUUUAGCUGAAAAAGCAAAAGUUUUUCAGAAGCUAAUGCUGCUGCCACAGAGCCUGUGUAGACACACUACACUAUAAUGAUACCUUUUGCUCAGUCCACCCCACAUAAGUCACAAAACCAAAUUUACCUUCAGGAAUUUUGCUGUUAUCAUAUUUGAAGUGAAGACUCUCAUAUGUGAAACCCAUUCAAAUGAAAAAUGCUUGUCACGUCACAAAUAAUAAAUAAGAUGUUAUAAAACUUGUAGUAUUCGCUCAGUGAAAAUGUGUAAAAUCAUGCUUGACUGUAAGAGCAUUUUGUGUACUCUUUAAAAAGAAAAGCUGAAAAAAA